AAUAAUGCGCAUCUGUGUCCGCUUUUGGAAGAUGUUCUCGAAAAAGACGAGUGGCUUGGUAUUCUUUUUUUCUUUCACUCAUGUCUGAACAAACCAAUGCACCUGUUGGGCCACAGCCUCAUCGAAGUCAAUUUGCCAUGGACUUUGACAACUUGGACAAGGAAUUGUCUCAAGUGCCAUUGUUCAUGAGCGACUUGCCUGAAGAAGAAAAUAUUGCUUUGUCUGCUCUUCAAUCACUUGCAUUUGAUGGCUCACCUGAAGAAAUCGCACAAAACUUUAGAGAACAGGGCAACGAUUGUUUUAGAGCAGGAAAGGCCAGAUAUCCAGAUGCUAUUGCCUACUAUACAAAGGCUAUUGAUACAGAAUGUAAAGAUCAGUCUAUUAUUGAAGCAUGUUUAGCUAAUCGUGCUGCAUGCAACUUGGAAUUACAAAACUAUGGCCGUGUGCUGAACGACUGUUCCCGAUGUCUCAAGAUCAACCCUAAGAAUGUCAAGGCACUCUAUCGUUCGUCCAAAGCUUUAUUGGCUCUUGAUAAACUGGUGGAAGCGAUUGAUUGUUGUAACCAUGCAUUGACCAUUGACCCUGAAAAUAAGCCAAUUCAAGACAUUAAGCAAAAGGCAACAACUCGCAAAGACUAUAUCGAUGAAAAGAUUAGACAAAAAGAAGAGAGAGAAGAAAGAGAGCGAAACAAGAAACAAAUAUUAGAAAAUGCAUUCAAGGAACGCAAUAUCAAGAUUGAAGUAGUCGACAAGGAUGUCAGAGACAAAGCCAAUAUUGAAUUUGACCAUGAAACACAAACAUUGAGUUGGCCUGUCUUUUUCUUGUAUCCUGAAUACAAAGAAUCCGACUACAUCCAAUCCUUUAACGAAACAAACACAUUUAAUGAUCAUCUUGAACUGAUGUUUGAACAGCCAGCUCCUUGGGACACUAAACAUCAAUACACAGUCGAUAAGUUGGAAGUCUAUUUCGAAGACACUCGUGGACUCAACCCAAAGCUGAUAAAGAUCGGCAAAAAGUUACCUUUGAAAAAGAUCUUGUCACUAGAGCAAUAUGUGAUCAAGAAUGGUGUGCCUUCCUUUAUUAUCAUGCCCAAGAAUUCAGAUUUCAAGCAAGAGUUUAUUAAUAAAUUCAAGCAUUAGUGAUGUACUUCUGUCCAAUCAUCGUCUGAUAGUUGCUUUGAAUAAAUGUCUGCAAAAGGAUUGUCGUCUUCCUCGAUCACAACACCUGUAAUAUUGUUUCCUUUGGCAUUUAGUAAUUGUCUUUUUCGC